CCGGCAGGCUUUACGGCCUGGGUGCUGCUGCUUUUCACAUGUGUGUGGUGAGGUCCUGGUUUUGGCCUGUUGGAGGGUCAGGAUGGGCUCAGAUCUCUGCCCCAACCCUCAGGCCUUCUGAGUAGAGUUCUCUGCUACCAAUGAGGCUUCGAUAAACCAGUGAAAUGACUCUUCAGGAAUUGGUACAUCGGGCUGCCUCGAUUUAUUCAGAUAAAAUAGCUGUAUGUUUUGAUGAGUAUAACAACCAGCCUCCAGUUUAUUAUACCUAUAAGUUUGUGGUUCAUGCUGCCUCAGAAUUAUCAAAUUUUCUGCUAUUACACUGUGACUUUCAAGGAAUUCGGGAAGUUGGUCUCUACUGCCAUCCUGGGAUUAACUUACCCUCUUGGAUUUUAGGAAUUCUCCAAGUCCCUGCUGCAUAUGCUCCUAUUGAUCCAGAUGCACCACCAGUGUUAUCAGUGCAUUUUAUGAAAAAAUGCAAUCUAAGUUAUAUUCUUGUUGAAAAACAGCAAAUUAAUAAAUUCAAAUCUUCCUAUGAAACAUUAUUGAAUUAUGAUACACUUACAGAACAUAAUGACUUAGUACUCUUCAGGCUUCACUGGGAAAAUAUUGAAGUGAGCUUGAUGUUAAAUGACUGAAAACAGAAAUAUGAAGAAGGAAAAAUGACAAAUAGCACAAAUUCUGAGCACAGCAAUGAAGAAAAGUCAGAAGAGCACAUGGAUGUGAGGCUUAAGCAUUGCUUGGCCUAUGUUCUCCAUACAUCAGGCACUACGGGGAUACCUAAGAUUGUCAGAGUCCCUCAUGCAUGUAUAGUGCCAAAUAUCCAACAUUUUCGGCUACUUUUCAAGAUCACACAAGAAGAUGUUUUGUUUCUGGCCUCACCUCUGACCUUUGAUCCUUCCGUUGUGGAAAUAUUUGUUGCUCUAUCCAGUGGUGCCCGUCUGCUUAUUGUACCAACUUCUGUCAAAGUGCUUCCAUCAAAGUUAGCUGCUGUUCUCUUUUCACAUCACAGAGUAACUAUUUUGCAGGCAACACCAACAUUGCUUAGAAGAUUUGGAUCUCAGCUUAUCAAGUCAACUGUUCUAUCAGCCAGUACUUCUCUUCGAGUAUUAGCCCUUGGUGGUGAAGCAUUUCCAUCAUUGACUGUUCUCAAAAGCUGGAGAGGAGUAGGCAAUAAAACACAAAUAUUUAAUAUUUAUGGUAUCACAGAGGUAUCGAGUUGGGCAACUUUUUACAAGAUUCCAGAGAAGGUUUUUAAUUCUACUUUGAAAUGUGAAUUGCCUGUACCACUGGGAUUUCCACUGCUUGGAACAGUAGUUGAAGUCAGAGAUACUAAUGGUUUCACAAUUCAAGAAGGCAAUGGCCAAGUAUUUUUAGGUGGCAAAAACAGAGUAUGUUUUCUUGAUGACGAAAUGAUAGUACCGCUUGGCACACUGCGAGCCACAGGAGACUUGGUGGUGGUGAAAGAUGGAGAGAUGUUUUUCUUGGGACGAAAGGACAGUCAGAUCAAACGAUAUGGCAAACGUCUUAACAUUGAACUUGUGCAACAAGUUGCUGAAGGGCUUCAGCAAGUGGAGUCCUGUGCAGUUACAUGGUAUAAUCAGGAAAAAUUAAUUCUGUUCAUGGUGUCCAAAAAUGAUGUAGUAAAGGAAGACAUCUUUAAAGAACUGCAGGAACAUCUUCCAAGCCAUGCAAUCCCAGAUGAACUUGUGUUGAUUGAUUCUCUACCAUUUACAUCUCAUGGCAAAGUUGAUGUUUCUGAGUUAAACAAGAUAUAUUUAAACUAUAUAAACUUGAAGUCUGAGUGUAAACUCAGUGGAAAAGAGGAACUUUGGGAAAAAUUACAGCAUUUGUGGAAGUCUAUUCUGAGUCUCCCAGAACAUCCUUUGAAGGUACCUGAUGAGUCACUCUUCUUACCAAGUGGUGGAGAUUCCUUAAAGUCCAUACGGCUCCUCAACGAGAUUGAAAAACUAGUUGGCACAUUAGUACCUGGGCUUCUGGAAAUUAUUCUUAGCAGUUCCAUUUUAGAAAUUUACAAUCAUGUCCUUCAAGCAGUGUUUCCAGAUGAAGAUCUGCUAUUUAGCACGAAUUAUGCCACAAAAAGAAAAUUCAGCGACAUUAAUCAAGAGGAAACCAGUGGAAAAUCUUUACAUCAGAAAUCUGUCCUGACUUUAAGUUGUGACAGUGAGCUAGCUGCUUUUAUUGCAGUGAGCAGAGGGAGUCAGAUUUUGUCUCUGAAUUCGGAGUUUUUAACUAAGUUAGGACUUGGCUCUUCAGCCUAUUCUUCUGAUUUAAUUUCACAGACUAAUAUUCAAAAUGUGACAAGCUUAAAUCCUCCAGCUCUUAUUGAUAAGUCAAAAGAUCUAUUCUGUGUUGCAAAGGUUUCUGAUGAGGGAACAUCUGUGAUGGCAGCCAAGAAAAUGGAGCUCCAUGUGAGGUGGAGGACGGACACAGGCAAAUGUGUGGAUGCCUCCCCUCUGGUCGUCAUCUCAGUUGCUGAUAAGUCCUCUGCGACUGUGUACAUUGGCUCCCAUUCUCACAGAAUGAUGGCAGUUGACCUUUACUCCGGGAAGGUGAAAUGGGAACAAAUUUUGGGAGGUCGAAUCGAAUCCUCAGCAUGUGUAUCUAAGUGUGGAAACUUUAUUGUAGUGGGCUGUUAUAAUGGGUUAGUUUAUGUUCUGAAAAGUAAUAGUGGAGAAGAACACUGGAUGUUUACUACCGAGGAUGCUGUCAAAAGCUCAGCAACCAUGGAUCCAACCACAGGAGUCAUUUACAUUGGAUCUCAUGACCAGCAUGCAUAUGCUUUGGAUAUUUAUAAAAAGAAGUGUGUUUGGAAGUUGAAAUGUGGAGGAACUGUCUUUUCUUCCCCUUGUUUGAGCCUGAUACCACAUCAUUUAUAUGUGGCUACACUGGGAGGGCUGUUACUGGCUAUAAAUCCUGCCACUGGGAACACAGUUUGGAAACAUUCCUGUGGAAAACCACUAUUUUCUUCUCCACGGUGUUGCCUACAGUAUAUUUGUAUUGGCUGUGUAGAUGGAAAUUUACUCUGCUUUACUCACUUUGGAGAACAGAUUUGGCAGUUCUCUACCAGUGAACCAAUCUUUUCAUCCCCAUGUACCUCCGCAUCAGAGCAACAAGUAUUUUUUGGUUCCCAUGAUUGCUUUAUCUACUGUUGCAGUAUGAAAGGUCACCUCCGGUGGAAAUUUGAAACUACUUCACAGGUGUAUGCAACACCAUUUGCUUUUCGUUCCCAGUUUUGUAGCAAUGAAAUGCUGCUGGCAGCAGCAUCUACUGAUGGGAAACUGUGGAUCUUGGAAUCUAAGAGUGGACGAUUACAAAGUGUAUAUGAACUUCCUGGACAAGUCUUCUCUUCUCCUGUGGUCUGGGAAUCAAUGGUUCUUAUUGGAUGUAGAAAUAAUUAUGUUUACUGUCUGGAUUUGUUGGGUGGCUAUCAAAUAUGAUCAAGUACAGUCCUUAUUCAAUUAUGUGAGAUGUUUGAAAAUAUUUUAUCAUUAUAGAGCAUUUGGAUAGUCUUAUUUUAUACUAAAGAUGAUUUUUGCUUAAGAAA